CAAAAGGCUUGAUCGGAACAUUUUCCUUGCGUUUCAGUUGCAUUUCAAGUUUAGCUCGCGAGUUGCAUUUCGGUCAAGAAAAUAGUGCAGUUUGCACCAAUUGAAACUAAACAAACUGUAGUCAGUACGUUAGUGUAGUGUAAGUGCUCUUCAUUCAAGUGAGUGUGUGCAGUGUGCAGAAGUUCUGUCGCUUUUGUGGACACUGUUCACCACAUCCCAUCCGAAAGCCGACGACAGAUGCAUCACCAUCGAAAAACAUGACAUCAUCUUGAGACGACGACGUUUGGCUGUGCUGUGACGGUCGGUCGGUCGGACGCGAAUCAAAUCGGAAAUUAUCCCGUAUAGAAAAAAGAAGGUGCGAUAAGCUGUGAACAAAAGUGUGUCAUUGAUCUGUUUGCUCCGUACUUAGUGCCGGCGAUUUCGCGACGAACUUGAAGGAAAAUUGCCAUCAUUGUCAUCUGGGCUGGGUGCGUUCCUUGUUGUUUGUUGCCCUUGGCAAGAAGCUGCGCUUUUUGCGCGACAGUCGGAGGAACAAAGGCAAGAGCUCGAAUGUGAAAAGGAAACGGCGAAGACGACGACGACAAAAACGACGGUCUCCAGGAGACGACAAGCAUCGGGAGGACAAUGGCUGCUGCGGCCGCAUCCGGUAGCAGUAGCAGAAGCAGUAGCAACGGGACCAUCAACAACUAUCACGACAUUUACGUUCAACAGGUCGGUGUAAACACACGCAGCAGCAACAACGACGACAGCGAAUUAGAUAGGAUAGAACAAAUAAUGAGUACAAAUCCGACUGCUCCGCCUUCAUACAAUCAGUUAGUUGUGCCAGUAGCGACCUCAACGGGGAUCAACGACAGCAGCAGCAACAGUAGACUAGUGAUGAUCAGCAGCGAACAGCGGUAUCAGCUGCCUGGACCCAGUGGCGGCAGCAGUAGUAGCAGUACCGGUAGCAAUAACAGGUCCGUCCCGACGGCGUCAAACGUCAUCAUAGUGCACGGAAGCGGUGGCAGUGGUUUCACUUCCGGUUCCAACCGCCGCGGCGAUCCCCCUAGCUAUGAGGAUGCAAUAAACCGCGAGGAACCGCCACCGUCCUACGAUUCGCUGUUCGGGCGAGUCCGCGAAGCGCACAAAGCGUCCACCGGGGUGAUGGAUUUUUUGAAGAACGUUGUGAUACUGCUGCUGGGAACGCUGGGCUGCACAAUCAUCCUGGGCAUCACGAUCGUCAUCCCGGUGUGUAUGAUCGUGUUCGGGGCCGUCUACCUGUACGACUGCCCCCAGGGCGAAUACAUUCCGGUGUACCUGCUGGUCGGGGGCGGCUUCGGAGUGCUCAAGCAGCUGUUGCACCUGUCGACGCGGGUUCGCAGCCGCGAGGAACAAGCCCUGGAAAGGCUGCGGCAAUCACCCACCCAAACGCUGAUCAACUGCUUCAUGCUGGGGUGGUUCAUUAUCGGGUCGUUCUGGAUCUACCGGAUCUACGAGCCGAACUACGAUCCGGCCAUGGGCAAGUACUGCAACAAGUCGCUGUAUUUGUUUACCUUUUGGCUGAUCACGUCGGUGUACAUGACGCUCGGAAUUGUGACGGUGGUGCUGUGCGGAGUGAGUAUCAUCAGCAUUGCCAUCCACCGGAGGACAUAACAGUUGAAUGCGCUGUUUGAGGUGUGAACUGGGUAAGGAAGGAGCUCCGCGUGUACAGGUGAAGAGACAAAGAAUAUACUGCUUUUGCAACAACAAACUUUCAACGUGAAGCUGUGCGUGUGUAGAUUUAACGAUCGAGUUCGAGAAAAAUUAGCGGUUUUUGGUUAUUCCACGUCAAAUCGGCAAAUUGAUUGAAUGACUCAUGGUUAUUCGAAGUAAACGUUCUAUUGUUUCCGACACGAAUAAAACAAUGGAAUGUAC